AUGCCGUUCUCGGGACGGGCCCCCGCAGGGCAGCACACCGAGAGCAAGCUUCGCACCGCCCGCAGCAGCUGCAUGGAUGCGAUGCGACCCCAUCUCGUGUGGCGAGGGUUGUGGCUGGCCAUGCCGGCGUUCCUGGCGGCGGGAAUGAUCUUCUUUGGCACUGCCCUUCCUACGGUGGCCGGGGAGACCGCAGAUCUUGUGGAUGCAUCAGCAGAUUCUCCUGUCGCAGCGACUGAGUGUCACCUUCAUUACCCGUUCGUUGUGAACAUUCUGGACCCGUUGCACAAAACUCACAUGUGCACAGGUGUGCUGAUCCAGUCGCACAUUGUUCUUUCAACGGCUUCGUGUCUCCGACUUAUAGAAGCAGGGGAAGACCUGCCUUACACCAGGCCCGGAAGCUGCAAUUUGAACAAAUACGAUGGCCCUGAGGGAAAUGAAGAGGUGAUCAGAGUGCAGGAAAAGAUAGUGCAUGAAGAAUACACAGGGCAACCCCAGGGUGGAAGCAACUUUGCCUUGUUGGUCCUCAAGGACAAGAUGAAGAAACACACCCCAAUACAUCGCACCACGUCCAUUCAGGGCUGCACAAGUGCCAAUCUCAGCACUGUCGGAUGGUUUGCCAAUCCAAUUGAUGACUCUCCCUCCCCGUUCUUGUAUGUAGCCUGGAGCUUAAGCCACAUAGCACCAGACAAGUGCGAGGAAACACUUGACAAAAUGAAGAACCCCCUUCCAAAGGACGCCAUCUGUGCCAUCACUCCACCAUCGUCGAACCGUGCCUGGGACGAAGGGGCACCUCUUCUGUGCUACGACCACAACGGUGACCCAAGCCUCGUGGGCUUGGGAACGUUCGAUGGUGCCCUCCCUGGAAAGAAAACCUACUCGCCCUAUGUCUACACCCACAUCAGCGAAAUGAAAGGUUGGAUCGACAAGAACAUCAAGACUUUUGUUGACAAAACGGAGCUGUGA